GACAGUCGCGCGAGGAGGUGAUCGUGCUGAAUGAACGCCUCAGGAAGGUCAGCGGUCUCCUCGACUCGUCUUUCUGUCUGGCCAAGGAGGCCCUCCUCGGCCUGCACAACAAAUACGACGGCGCCCAGGAGGGAGGCAACGUCUUCACCCGCUACAAGCAGAUGAAGCUCAUGAUUAAGGAGGUGAUCCGCCUGGAGACCCAGUACUGGGCGCUGGUGGAAGUGCCCCGACAGGAGAAGACGGAGCCGUUGCCAGCGUACGUCCUGCGCGCCUGCUCCAUGCUGGAGCGGACCAAGGCGCCGCGAGAUGGUGCUGGCGAGGAGACGGACGAGGAGCAGUUGGAGCUCAUCGAUCGGCUGGACGGUCUGACGAUUACCCAGAUCCACCAGGAGAACCAGAAGCUCACCACCGACCUCUACAGGCAGCUGAAGAAGUACUCUGCGUUGCGAGCACUCAUCAAAGGCCUGUCUGACGCGUAUGCCGCCUCCAAGAUCUACCCAGCAAUCCCCCGCUACAUGCUUCUGACCACCAUGAUCAGGGACGUGCUGCACAGCCCUGAGUACAUGGAACUGUACCGCCUGGUGCCGCCUGCCAGCCCCUCUCCGCAAGCGGCCAGCUAGUGUACAGAGACCGCGUAGAACGCAGGAGGCGCAACCUGACGCCCAACAGUGAGGCGUUGACUGUAGCAGGCUUGUCGGCCAGGCAGCUAGGACUGCAGCGUGAUGGAAGAGACGCUGACAGGUGCCGAGAUGGAGAAUGCACGGCUGGAGAAGCAGAAACUGCACUGUUUCGAUGCGUUAUGGAAGGAACUGCAACACACUAGAGGUGGACGACGAAGGUGCAAGACCGCGCUAGCGCGCAGGGUGCAAGAACUGCAUGGGCCGAAUUCGAAACUGCUGAUGUUUGGUGAUAGCAGAGCAGAGACCGGACAGCGCUUGGACGCAAGACCAUAUGGACUGUGCGGAGCGAGACAAUGCCAAAACAGGUACCGCGCCCGGCUAGUCUAGCAGUACAGGGAGAAGGAGCUGACAUAGGGACCACCAAUACACGGCACCAGAUACCGGUUAGAGGUCACGCGGACGAAGGCUCACUUGCUGCGCGUGGGGACAAUAAAACAGGGCUUGUGCUUGGCAAGGCACAGUGGCGGCAGGAGAUUAAAGAACACCAUGACGAAGCAUGGACUUGUCGAACAGGUACUCAUGGAGCUUAGUGUCUCUUUUUUGAGCGUUUACCUCGCCCCUAUGCGAUAGAAAACUGGAUGUAGGAAGCUCGCAGAUAUAUAGUUAAAAGCCAAAACGCCAUGUGUUUCCGGAAAUGUGGCCUGAGGACCACUAACUCCGCCCAUGACAAGCACUAGAUCGGGGCUGUAUCAGCUUCAAAAUUAGAAUAGACCAGUAACCAUCCGAUAGCUUUCAGUGCAGGCUUAAAAGGCUGCUCACAUUUUAUGGGGAUAAACUUGAUACGAUUUCUUCACAGUUUGCUCACGAUUUGUUCGUUCCCUUUCAUUCCUUGGCCUCGCGCUGUCGUAAACGUCGGACGAAAUUCGGCGCGACCUUGGAUCUUUGUUGGACAUGCAAGGAUUCAGAUGAAAGCCGCUCUUGUUAGUCUCCCUCGAGGCGUCCAGGUUUAGGCUCAGCCCCAAGAGUCCUGUCUUGCCCUGACACGAUCCUGAGCGAGAUGACCAGAUGGCAGGCACCCAUGUGAAGCUCGACUGCGCGCUGGGCACAAAAGUUCGUGUCGAACACGUUUCCAGGUGCUAUAGCGGCAACACGUGUCCAGACUUCGUGGCAUGUGUGUGCGUGGCCUCCUUCAGAGGCAUGCUGCGGGAUCGUUGCGCAUAAAAGGUUUACAACAACCAAUGUGGCAAGGCUUCCUGAUGAGGUGCGCAUUGUGCGUGAACUGAGAGCUCCCUUACGUUGAAGGCGUUGCGGUGACCCUAAGCAACAGAAGAGCAUUGCGUGUGAUAUGCGGCGAUGUGGCUGACGCCAGCCCUGUGGCACCUGUCAGAGUGGCAAGCCUUGGAGAGAAAGGGAUCGAAAUACGCCCCUCUCCGUGACACUAUGUGCCCCGAGGAAAGAGCCCUCGCAACAUGACUUUGCCCCGAGAAAAGAGCUCUCGCAACAUGGCUUUGCCCCGAGGAAGGAACCCUCGCAAAUGGUUUUACCCGGAGGAAGGAGCCCUCGCAACAUGGCUUUACCUGGAGGACGGAGCCCUCGCAACAUGGCUUUGCCCCGAGGAAAGACCCCUCGCAACAUGGCUUCGCCCCAAGGAAAGAGCCCUCGCAACAUGGCUUUGCGUCGAGGGAAGAGCCCUCGCAACAUAGCUUUGCCCCGAAGAAAGAGCCCUUGCAACAUAGCAGUACUUCCGUAGAUUGGAAGCGCGGAGCAACGCCUUUUUCUGGUCUUGGAAGGGAGUUUGUCAUUUGACGGAGCCUGCGCUCGGCGCGGCGUUGCACCCCACCACUCAGUGUCCCAGAACCACACAAUGUUCCAUAGCAAUGUCUGGGGGAGGAUAGCCUUAACGCCGACCACGGUAGCCCUAGGUCAGACAAGCGAAGUCGGCAAUGGAAGUUCACAUCGUUCGGUAAUUGCAGACAAGAGAUGUGAAUGUCGAAGAAACAACAGCCACUGAGACAUUCCAUUACACCUGCGCCGUGCUGUGUAAUUUUUUUCGACUUCCGAGAUGCUCGAUCGAACCAGGUUCAAUUAAACCCAGGUCAACGACUGAUCAAAUGCAAGUUAGAUUUGGCAAGCCAAUGACGUCAUUAUCCUCGUGCGGAUCAUUUACACAUUAUAGCUUGCUAGGCCCACCCAUACGUCUGAAGUUUCAAAAGACAGAAAUCAGCCCCAUCCUGACCUUGAUCCUGACAUUGACCCGACGCCUUUUGUCCCUCAGCCCCCCAUCCCCUGACGUGUGGGUCAUAAAGUGGUGAUGUGGGGUCUAAGGCGGGCUUGGGCAAGUGCUCCGUCCGAUGGCAAUCCCCUUUCCGAGAACAGCGUCAGAACUGAGCAUCGCGUCUCGCCGCAUUCGACAGCAUAUUUGCCACUGCCCAGGCGUUUGUUUGUCAGGGUGGUCUGGUGGUGAUGCCAGUGGGCAGGCGGGCCGACUUUGCCAGACUGUGACUAACGUAAUCACCGGCUUUUUGGCUCGUUUUUAAUUCACUGGAUGUCACGUUCUACUCGUCACAGAUGCACCAAAAAGUCUACUGUCAGCAGGGCGUAGCUUUGAUGCCACAUCAGAAAAACGAGAUAAGGUGGGUCAGAUUUCGUCCCAUUAACAUCCUUCAACGCACGUGUCAAAAGACUGCGGUGAACGCCAUGAUACGACCGAGCACUCUGCUGCAAACUAUGCUUUCAGAAAUCAAAAGGAAAGACUGCCUGCCACUGUGAAUGUGCUGUUUACCAUGUUUCCUGGUUGGUCGGAAGUGCUGUGCAGUAUAGGUAUGUUCGGGAUUGUAACCAAAGACAUUGAGAUGAGGCUCUGCGGCAUUGGUGAGCGCAGGUGAAAGCAGUGCUGCCAAAUGCGACUUUUCUGCUUCGGUCGGCUGAGUCUAGCGGCGUCUGGUUAAGAUACUAUCACCAGAUCGGUCUAUGUGCUGCCAGAUUUGCGCCAGAUCGGUUUGGCGCGGGCGGCGAGUUGGUAAGAUCCAGCCGUGUGGGCUGAACAUGCUUCAUUGGGCUACAAUUGCCUGUCUCUCGUGUCCAGACCACGCGAGACUGGCCAAAUGUGCCGUAAAUCUGUGUUCUGUCGCGCAUCAAAGUCGUCCAGAAUCCAAUUUCCUCCAGAUCUCAGCGGCGGAGGCCCAUCAAGAGAAGGCAUCUGCGGCUGCCUGCGUAUUGCGUUCCGGUGAACAGAAGAUUGCGCGCUCGCUACGAUUGCAACUGCGCCGACCUGCGUGCGACGGGCCGGUGCGUUUGAUGUUCACUGUAUCCGUUUCUGGGUGGUGUAAGCAUAUUCAAUGUCCGUGUGGGAGUGCGCGGGUUGCCGCCUCGCCGCUUUCUGGGGACGAUGCUUGAACGAGCCGCUUUGUAUGGUGGUGGAUAACAAAAUGUUAGUGGUUUGACGUCACGAAACUGGAUGCUGAUGGCGUUGGUUGAGCGUGGGGACCCAGAU